GAACCGCGGACCCGCCCGCGGGCGGAGCGGCCGCCGGCUCCUCCUGCUCCCGCCCCUUCCUGCUCGCUCGCAGCAUGGCGGGCCCCGCGCUGGCCGCCGCGCUGGAGGCCGUGCUGGCCAACCGCGGCAACGCCAACCGCGUCUUCGACAUCCUGGAGCCGCUGGCGGGCCAGGACCAGGCGGAGGUGCUGAGCGCCGGCAGGACGUGCAGCCGGCUCUUCGGGGCGCUGCUGGAGCGCAGGGAGCUGUUCGUGGGGGACCUGCCCGCCCAGGAGGCCUCUCUGGCCGAGAACUACAGCGCCGAGGACAAGUACAAGAUCUGGAUGCGGCACCGCUACAACGAGUGCGUGGAGAGCUUGGCGGAGCUGCUGGGCCACGACGCCUUCCCGGUGAAGGAAUUGGCACUCUGCACCCUGAUGAAGUUUGUUGAGUUGGAGGCAAAAUAUCCGUUGAUCAAAGCAGAGUGGAAAGGGAGUUUAACUUUUCCUCGUGAGCUUCUGAAGGUGGUGGUUGAUGGCUUGCUUCCCGUGAACGAGGACGCCUCGCUCCUGAUCUCUCGCUUUCAAGAAUAUAUGGAGUAUGAUGACAUCCGGUACUUUGUGAUAAAGGCGAUCACCGAGAGCAUCGGGCAAGUCAUGCAGAAGACAAAAGAGAGGCCGUUACCGUUUUACCAGCAGAACGUGUUUUCCCUCAUUUCACCCAUUAACAUGCCGAACAAAGAGUCCGACAUGGUCAAAUUCCUGGUGAAGCAAGAUAACUGGGAGGAGCUGAAAGUGUCGAAGCUGCAGGCGCACAAGCAGGCGUUUGAGAAGAUGUGGCUCAGCUUUUUGAAGCACAAGCUGCCCACUGGCCUAUACAAGAAAGUUCUCGUCAUUCUGCACGACUCCAUCCUGCCUUACAUGAACGAACCCACCCUCAUGAUCGACUUCCUGACCGUGGCCUAUGGCAUCGGUGGAGCAAUCAGUCUUCUGGCCUUGAACGGGUUAUUUAUUCUGAUUCAUCAGCAUAAUCUGGAAUAUCCUGACUUCUACAAAAAGCUGUACAGUCUUUUAGACCCUUCUGUGUAUCACGUGAAGUACCGAGCCCGCUUUUUCCACCUGCUCGAUCUGUUUUUGUCAUCGUCCCACCUGCCCGCGUACCUGGUGGCCGCGUUCCUGAAGCGGCUGUCCCGCCUGGCGCUGACGGCUCCUCCCGAGGCUCUGCUCAUGGUCCUCCCCUUCAUCUGCAACCUGUUGCGGAGGCACCCGGCAUGCAGAGUGCUGGUGCACAGACCCGAUGGGCCGCAAGAUAUGUCAGAAGAUCCGUACGUUAUGGAGGAGGAGGAGCCAUCUGAAAGCCGGGCUUUGGAGAGCUGUCUCUGGGAGAUUCAGACUUUACAAAACCAUUAUCACCCAGAGGUGGCCAGGGCAGCCGCGGUGCUGAGCCGCCCGCUGUCUGAGCUGGAGGACGACAUCUCGGGGCUGCUGGAGCUCUCGGCGUACGAGCUUUUUGAUAAAGAAGUACAGAAAAAGGCUGCUGAUGUGCCCCUGGAGUUUGAGCAAAUACGAGGUUUGUUUGGGAAGAAAAAUGAUAUUUUUGCACAGCACUUCGCUUUAGAUUGACGUGGCCUCUUGUGAACGCCUCUGCACGACUGACUGAUCUCGGGACGGGCACAAAGCCCACGGGUUGUGCUGGGUGAUUCUGCCUUUGAGCAUCUCCAUGCGACGAGAGCUGGACCGCUGGGGAGGGUGCAGCCCUGCUCCGUGCCCUCCGCGCUGCCCAUGGAUGGACUUGUUCUGCCACUUUGUUUCUCACGCUUGUGUAUUGCUGCCUGAUAUUUGGGAGGGAUUUUUGGUCAGGGCAGAGUUUCCCGGCCCUGUUCCUUGCUGGGAUUCCAGCCCUUUGCUCCAAAGCUGCUGACGCUGCCUGUGAUCAGUGGCUGCACUGACAGGCCAUCGGCUGCCGUCCAUGGGGCUGCGGGGAAUUGAAGUCUCUACUGCUGUUAUUUUUCACGUGUUACUUUUAUACUAGAGCUGACAACCUGUUUGUACUUUGGUACGUAGCUGUAAACACCUGAUGAUACUCCAAUUAUAUUUUUAUAUAUGCUUUUAAACUCUCAUCUUCAGAUGGAUGUUUAGCUUCCCGUGCGCUCCUCUUAACGCUCCCGUGUUGAGGCAGCGAAAGCUCUGAUUUGUCCGUGAUGCUCAAUAAUUCCGUCUGUGAAGUGUGGCUGGUGUUGCUGUAUGCACACCCAUCUCGUGCUGUAAGGUUGCUUAAGUCAAAAUGCUCAUGAGCUUUGGAAAUGAGGAUAAUCCUGGUGGCUGCUGUAGCCAGAGGGGCCAAAUGAUGUGCAGUGGGAGGUAUCUCUAAUCCUUGAGUAUUUUUGUUUAACACUUUUUUUGCUUCAGAUUGAUAAGCAGCUUACUGGAGUAUGGCUUGUAGUGUUGUAGGAGCUGUGGCCAGAGUGUAUCCAGCUGCUAAUCAAGUUUUAGCUCGUCCACUGAUAAGUCGGUGGUUUGGUUAAUUUGGGUGUUUCGUGUAGUUCCAGAGUCAUGCAGAAAUGCCUUCUGAUAGGUUUUAUUGGUUUUUUCCCCCAAGCUUUUAAGUUUGAGAUAAACUCCUUAUUAAGGAUGCUGAUUAAUUCACUUGGGACAUUUUUUUUCUUAAUCAUUUUAAACAACUUACUGUUAUCUCAUUAGACUUUAAUUCUGCUUGCAUAUUUUGAAAUCAUAUUUUGUGGAGAAGGAUGCAGUUGAGAAAGCGGAGGCCAGGAAAUGUAAUUUCUGGCAGCCAAGUCUGUGUUAGUGAAGGCAAACUGCAGCUGUCCUGGGGGCUCUGAGGGCUGUGUUUCCUCUUUUCUGUGCUUUCUGGGAUCUGUGGUAGGAAGGCAGAAUGGCCGAGAUAACUUAAAAUUUGAGGGGUCUCAGGUCAGGUUCACCCAAGCCUGUAUUUCAGCUCUAAACCGUGUUUUCCUGUAUCAUAUGGACGUUGUAUGCAUGUGUUUAUUAAACAUUUUGAAGUGCUCUGAUGCUGAUGAGGACCACAUAACUACCUUUGAAAGAAGUAUGUAAGUUUAUCAUCUUUCAGAUGAAAUGAGUUAAUAUAUAUAUUUAAUAACUUUG